AUGUCGAAGCGCAUGCGUGGCCUGGCCGUAUCUCGGCCCAUCCUCAUAGGAUCCACAUCCACGCCUCUGACACCAGCGGAGAAGCUCACUGCGCCGCCGGACCACACGCACCGCUGGACCGUGGCGGUACGCAGCGCCGCGAGCGCGCCCCUCUCUGCCGCCGUCGCCGAGGAGCCGAGCGACGACCAGAGUGAGAGUAUUGGUGCACGCCUUCGUGAUAGCGGCCAGGAUCUGCACCGCGCUGUUGGCGGCAAGGACGAUCUCUCGUACUUUAUCAAGCGUGUGCAAUUCCGCCUGCACGAUACCUAUUCUCAACCCACGCGGAACAUCGACCGGCCACCCUUCAGUGUUACAGAAACGGGGUGGGGUGAAUUCGAGGUCCAAAUCAAGAUCUUCUUUGUCCCUGAGGCCGGCGAGAAGCCUCUUACAGUGCUGCACCACCUGAAACUACACCCGUGGCCCGCCGCCAUCCCAGCGGCAGAGGCGCCGGCGGCAGGCACCACUGCUGACGCCACAGCUGCGGGGGCGCCGCCACCGCUACCGCCGGUUGUGCACUCGUGGCAGUACGAGGAGAUUGUGUUCCCCGAGCCGUUCGAGGCCUUUUACGAUAUCCUCGUGGCUCAUCCCCCGACGCCCUGGCCUGCGACGUCAGCACAGGCGUUCACGGACCCCCAGGUGAUGACGGAGCGCCAGCACCUUGUACACACGCCUACGGGCCAAGUCCUGGAGGCGCUGAGCCUCGAGGCGCAGCGCGCCGAGGCCGACCGCAUUGAUCUUGCGCGAGCCAAUGCGGUGCAGCAGCUGGAUGCCGAUCGUACAAAGUUGAUUGCCACUGAGAAAUUGCUACAGGAGGCACGCGUGCAGCUCGCUCAGCUCGAGCCGGCGGCCACGGGGCCUAGUGCUUGA